UACCACCACCCCUUGGGACAUGUGGGAGCCCCGUGUUCCCAGCAGCAGGCUGUCUGAGACCUUACACAUUCACGGCACAUGUAAAGCAGCAUCCUCUCCUCCUCGCUGCUCUGCUUGGGGCCGAAGCCCCAGACCCCCCCCUCCAGCAGGGGUACGUUUGACAGACAGCCCUCCUGCAGCCUGCCCAGAGCCGUCUCCUCCCUCCCUCCCCGCUCAGCGUGCAGCCAGCCCCAACUCCAGGCAGAGCCUUCUGCCGGGCUGUGCCCCCCCCUCCGCCCCCUGCAUCCAUCCACCCCGGCACCCCCCUCUGCCCGCCCGCUCUGCUCCCCCUUCUCCCUCCCUACCUCCGUCUGCGGAGUGAGAGAACAAGUGUCGGAUCGGGGAGCGCAUAGCAACAGGAUUCUGGGAUGAAGAAGAUUCGGCAGCAGCAGCUCCGCAAGCCGGUGACACCAGAGCUCCUGGUGAGCCCCAGCAGCCAGGACGGAGAGCUGGGCUCCCAGUGCCCAGAAGACAGAGGGAACUGGACGGGACGUCUGGAUUUCCUCCUCUCCUGCAUCGGGUACUGCGUGGGCCUGGGAAACGUCUGGAGGUUCCCCUACAGGGCUUACACCAAUGGAGGAGGAGCUUUCUUGGUUCCUUACUUCAUCAUGCUGGCCAUCUGUGGGAUCCCCAUCUUCUUCAUGGAGCUGUCACUCGGGCAGUUCUCCAGCCUGGGGCCGCUUGCUGUCUGGAAGAUCAGCCCUCUGUUUAAAGGCAUUGGCAUGGGCACCAUCCUCAUCGUCUCCCUGGUGGCCAUUUACUACAAUAUGAUCAUUGCUUACGUUCUCUUCUACCUCUUUGCAUCCCUCACAAGCGACUUGCCCUGGCAGCACUGCGGCAACUGGUGGAACACUGACCUGUGCCUGGAUCACCGCAUCCUCAAGGCGGGGAACACCACCCUCCCCGUCAACAUCUCCAACACCGUCAGCCCCAGCGAGGAGUACUGGAGCCGCUACGUUCUGCACAUCCAAGGGAGCUCCGGGAUCGGGGAUCCUGGCAGGAUCCGCUGGAACCUGUGUCUGUGCCUGCUCCUUUCUUGGACCAUUGUGUACCUGUGCAUCUUAAAGGGAGUCAAAUCCUCCGGCAAGGUCGUGUACUUCACUGCCACCUUCCCAUACCUCAUCCUGGUGAUGCUGCUUAUCCGUGGUGUGACACUGGAGGGGGCCUGGAAGGGAAUCCGCUUUUACCUCACGCCCCAGUUUGACCACUUGCUGUCUUCCAAGGUGUGGAUCGAAGCAGCCCUGCAGAUUUUCUACUCCCUUGGGGUAGGCUUUGGGGGCCUCCUCACCUUUGCCUCAUACAACACCUUUCAUCAGAACAUCUACAGGGACACCUUCAUAGUCACCCUGGGCAAUGCCAUCACCAGCAUUCUGGCGGGGUUUGCCAUCUUCUCUGUUUUGGGAUACAUGUCCCAGGAGCUCGGGGUCCCCGUCAACCAAGUGGCCAAAGCAGGUCCUGGCCUGGCUUUUGUGGUGUACCCCCAGGCCAUGACAAUGCUCCCCCUUUCUCCAUUCUGGUCUUUCCUCUUCUUCUUCAUGCUGUUAACCUUGGGCCUGGAUAGCCAGGUAAGGACAGAGCCCAGCAGGCCAGCUGCAGUGCCAGGCAUCCCAGGAGGAUCAGGGAAUCCUCUUUUCCUUCCCAUUCAGUUUGCCUUUAUGGAGACCAUCGUGACGGCAGUGACAGACGAAUUUCCCUACUACCUGCGACCAAAGAAAGCUGUUUUCUCGGCUGCCAUCUGCAUUGGCCUCUUCCUAAUGGGACUGAUCCUCACAACAGAGGGCGGGAUGUACUGGCUGGUCCUGCUGGAUGACUACAGCGCUGGCUUUGGUCUCAUGGUGGUGGUGAUCACUACCUGCCUGGUAGUGACACGUGUCUAUGGCAUGAAGAGGUUCUGCAGAGACAUUCACAUGAUGCUGGGCUUCCAACCAGGGCCCUACUUCAGAGCCUGUUGGAUGGUCCUGUCCCCAGCUACGAUGAUGGCAUUGCUGGUGUACAACAUCAUCAAGUACCAGCCCUCUGAGUAUGGCAGCUACCGCUUCCCUGCCUGGGCUGAGGCCCUGGGCAUCCUCAUGGGACUCUGCUCCUGCCUGAUGAUUCCUGCAGGCAUGCUCAUGGCUGUGCUGCAAGAGGAAGGGACGCUGUGGGAGCGCUUCCAGCAAGCCAGCCGUCCCACCAUGGACUGGGGCCCAUCGCUGGAGGAGAACCGGACCGGUACAUAUGUGGCCAGCCUGGCUGGCAGCCAGUCCCCCAAACCACUGAUGGUCCACAUGCGGAAAUACGGGGGCAUCACCAGCUAUGAGAACACGGCCAUUGAGGUGGACAAGGAGAUCGAGGAGGAAGAGGAGGAGUCCAUGAUGUGAGGGGAUAAAUUCUCCUCUUUACACUUUAGCACUUCAAGCUGGCUCAGGGCUGGGGAGGCUUUUAGGAUCUGCUGGCCCUGCUGGACCCCUCACCACCACCCCAGCCCUGCCAGGACAGAGAUGCUGCCUGUCCUGUCACCCCUAAGGUGUUUGUGUUCAGUGUGGCAAGGUGUGCAACGAGUCCAUGUGUUCAUGUGACAAUGUCUGUGCAAGCAUCUGGGUUGCCCCAGGCCCUUGGCCCCAGCCCAGGGAUGCUUGGUGCAGAAGGAGGCAGUCCUCUGAGUUUGUGCGUUCUCUGCUAAUAUGUGUUUAACUCCAGCAACCCACAAACACAUGUGAGAAAGAAUUUCAAUAUCCUAAAUGCCCUGAGGAAGGUCUGUGUCAGUGCCCUCAGAGACACCCCAGCAAAACCAGGGUGCAUCAGCAUCCUGCUGAAAUCUGACCUAAUAAAUGAGCAGUAAAAAUAGUAAGAAGGAAAUA